CGCCAUGGAGAUGUACUGGUUUCUCGUCUUCCUCUCCCUUGCCUCAUCCACUCUCCUCUUCCUCUGUCUCCUUCGCCGCCAUGGCAGUCGGAAGUCGCUACCGCCUGGUCCGCCCUACAUUCCCUUCUUCGGCAACCUCAUUUGGUUCCGCCAUUCCCUCGUGGACCUCGUCGCUGUCCUCCGCGACCUCAACGCCACCUACGGCCCCGUCGUCACCCUCCGCAUUGGGUCUGAGCCCGUUGUCUUCAUCUCGGACGGCGACAUCGCCCACGCAGCCCUGAUUGAGCACAGCUCCGCUCUCGCCGACCGACCGCCCCCGCUGCCUGCCCUUGGCUUCGUCAGCGCAGGCCAGCACACAGUCUCCUCCGGCGGGAACGACCCUCUCUGGCGCCACCUCCGCCGCAACCUCGUGUCCGACAUCCUGCACCCCUCACGAGUCAAGAUCUACGCUGGCGGUCGUGAGUGGGUUCUCGGCGUGCUGGUCCGGAACCUCCGGGAUCGGGCCGAAGACAGUGGCGGCGCGGUCGUAGUUAAAGACAGCUUCCAGUUCGCCAUGUUUUGCUUGCUCGUGCUCAUGUGCUUCGGCGAGAAGUUGGACGAGCGAAAGCUUAAUGAGGUGAAGGCGGAGACUCGGAGAUUACUCCUCUACCAGGAGAACUUGAACGUGCUCUUCUUCCUACCGAGCAUCACGGCGUACCUCUUUCGAAACAGAUUGAGGAGGGCGAGGGAAAUGUUCUUAAAAAAGAAGCAGGUGUACCUUCCCCUGAUCGAAGCACGAAAGCAGAGCAAGAAGGCGCGGCUGGGAUCGACGACGGAUAAGGAAACAUCCGAUAGAUUCGUGUACUCCUACGUAGAUUCUCUUCUGGAUAUGGAGCUAUCGGAGGAGGCAGGCCGGAAGCUGACGGUUGACGAGACAGUGGCGCUCUGCUCCGAGUUCUUAAACGGGGGCACGGACGCGACUUCGACGGCGCUGGAGUGGAUCAUGGCGAACCUGGUGAAGCACCAGCGGAUCCAGACGAAGCUUCGGGAGGAGAUUCUUCGCGUCAGCAGCGCGGACGAGGCAGUGAAAGAAGAUCAGCUGCAACGAAUUCCGUACCUGAGGGCGGUGGUCAUGGAAGGGCUGCGGCGCCACCCGCCAGGGCAGUAUCUGCUGCCGCACAGAGCGAUGGAGGACGUGAGCCUGUGCGGUGGGCGGUACCACAUCCCCAAGGGGACGGAGGUCAACUUCCUGGUGGUGGGGAUGAACUGGAGCGAGAAGGUAUGGGAGGAUCCGAUGGAUUUCAAGCCGGAAAGGUUCCUGGAGGGCGGCGAAGGGGCGGCGGUGGACAUCACAGGGAGCAGGGAGAUAAAGAUGAUGCCGUUUGGGGCGGGGAGGCGGAUUUGCCCUGGGCUGGGGCUGGCCGUGCUGCACCUCGAGUACUUCGUAGCGAAUUUGGUGAAGGAGUUCGAGUGGGAAGCAGAAGGAGAAGUGGACUUAACGGAGAAGGAAGCAUUCACCACUGUCAUGAAGACUCCUCUGAGAGCUCGUAUCACUCCGAGAAAGUAGGAGAAGCUUCAUCCUUCAACGAGGGGCAAAAGUGCUGCGUUAAUUUAUAAAGUAAAAAAUAAAAGGAGGGGGUUUGCUGGUUGACUUCCCUUUAAUAAACAAUUUAGUUUUCCAUGUCCAGGAAAAUGAGUAAUUUAAUCAUGAUAAAAUUUAUUAUGAAAUGUAGUUUUGUUACUGUUUUAUCAAAUAUCGUUACAUCA